ACGAUGGAAGGCACCUUCGUAGGCAAAGGCACAGGCAAACCUGCACCGGCUCGUGCAUCCAAAACUGUACACGUUACCAUUUAUUGUUAAAGAUCAACACCAGCCCAUUAAACCCAGCCCAUAUUGAGGUGCAAGGGAACUAGAUUGUUCUAGUUCAAACAUGCAUGGGAUUGUUCUAGAAGAUUCUAGCAAGCAAUCACCGACACAUGGCAUCGACAAGACGUGAAGUGACAACCAAACAAGAAGUAUCUUAGAAUAGUGUGUGGUGUGACAUAAAGUUGUAAAGUACAUGUAUGACUAAAGUAAAGUGUGAUGAGUUGUAAAGGGAGAUUACCCACCAUUAUUGUAGAAAAGUGACAAAAGAGGAUGAUACGUCGUGUCUCCUAAGUGAGAUUCGGGAGACUUCCUCCGUGGCCUAUAAAUAGGUGUGAUUGUGCUUUGUAUUCCUCAGACUUAGUUGAGCAUUCAUACUUGGUUCACCAAGCAUUGUAAGAUACUUGAUAUCAAUAAAGAGAGCUUGUUUGUAUAACCUUCCUUGUCUAGGUAUCUAUUCUAGCUUGAGUCAUCGUAGAGAGUAGCGAUCCUGUUGUAUAAUGGUCAUACUGGUAGAAAGAAUGUCUAUGGGUAAGGGAGUCUAUGAGCGAACAUAGAAGAGGCUUAAUAAGCUUGUGAUUGAAAAGUUCCUGAUGCUGACGUGAAUGAGGCUUGUGUGGGAAUCCAACAGCUUCUAAGAAGGCAUAUGCUGUAUGUAGUAGAUAUGGAGGCACCAGUAUCUACUAACGCAGUGAUUACAACAGGGCCUUCAUUUGGUGGAGUUAUUAUCAGGCAAAUGCGUGGCCUGAAUGAAACUCCCAGAUUGUAAGUUGCCUGGAUGGGAAAGACUGCUUCUUCAUCAGUCAUCUGACGACCGAUUUAAUGACUCUGAUGAAGAAGAAAGAAAACUUCUGCUUGAAUGUUGUGCUGAUGUUCCAAAUAAGUUAUAGGAACGAGAACAUUAUUUCGCAAAGCUGCCAUACAAGCAAGGAUGGAAAAUGCCUCACCAGACUGCAUCACAUCCAGAAAUGCCUAAUGACGAAGAACUAUGGAAGGAAGAGAUCAACUCCCUGUUGCAAUUAGGGUUGAUCAGACCAUCCAAGUCCCCAUGGGCAAGUUAGGCAUUCUAUUUAUAUAUUGAAAUGUUCCCACCUUCUCUAUGUCAGACUAUAAUAAGUUAUCAUCAGGCUGAGCAUGAGGUGCUCUCAAAAAUAGAGAAGACCAAAAUUCUGCACUUGCAUGGGACGAUAUAAAUCGAUGAAUUUUACCCUUCAAGUUAGUUCUUUGAGCUCAACAUGUUUUGUUCUACCUUGAACAGUAGUAUAUAUAUGAGUGUUAUACCUUGCUGGACUUUGGAAAAAUACAUGUUAUCAAUGAAACUUUUAGGCUGAGUAACGCUAUGCCAGGCUUGUUUCGUAAAGCAGCGAAAGAUAUCCCAGUAAAGGGAAACACAAUACCAGCUGGCUGGAAGAUUUUGCUUGUUACCCAUGCUCUUCAUUUAACUUCCAACACAUUCAAGGAUCACUUGGAGUUCAAUCCAUGGCGUUGGAAGGACCUUGACUCCCUUGUUAUAUCUAAGAACUUCAUGCCGUUUGGUGGCGGAUUAAGGCAAUCUGCAGGGGCUGAGUUCAGCAGAGCGUACUUGUCCACCUUUCUCCAUGUUUUGCUUACCAAAUAUAGGUGGACAACAAUCAUCAAAGGCGCACGCAUUUCUGGAGGGCCUAUGUUGGCAUUCGGGGAUGGCACUCACAUUAAGUUCUCGGAGAAGAAAAACUGAGAUAUUUUCUCUUGGAGUAGUAAUCUAUAUAAGGAACAAUAUUACCAGUGAACCAAAGGUAUGCAAGUGUCUUGGGUUGAGUCGCCGACAAUGUUGCUUUCUUUAAGACGUUUCGCGGCCCUGCCCAAGUUGUGCAUGCAUAUUCAAUGCCUUGCCGUCCCCAGGAUAAAACAGCCCAGGAUUCCCUCUGUCUAGACCCUGGAAGAUCCGAAAACAAUCACCCUCUUUGUUACUUAGAAAACUCAAAUAUUCACAGCAAAUGUUUCUUAGUUUUUUCUGUGUA